AUGAACCCGAAAAAGAAUUCUGGGAGAAGCGUCGCCAUCUCCAAGAGAAAGGCUCAACCAAAUGCUCUCGACACUCUGGGCGAUAACCCAACAGAAGAGGAAAUUAAGACGGCCGCCGCCAACGUUGCCCUCGCUGAUCUAGAGGAGAGAGUUAACGAUGUUCGAGAAUCAUGGGAGACGGAUUCUCUCUUCGAGGACGCUUUUGAAGAGUUGAGCGGUGAUAACACGGUAGCUCUUGAUGACCCCAAGUUGUGUACACCAGAGGAAGCUAGCAGACUUCGUCGGGAACUCCGAGAGUAUGGUCCUGCUGUAUUUUGCCAACGCACUGUCGAUGCUGGUCAUUAUACCGCUAGAAAGCUUCUCAGCGCUUUCGGUAUUCGUCCUCCCGCUUUCCUCGAAGGCGAGAAUGAUGAUGCCUACUUCCAUCUCUUGUCUUUGGCCAUUACGCGCGAAUUAGGCAAGCGCGCCAAGCUCUUGCGUUACAACACGGUGGAUGAUGCAGUUGACUUGAUUGCUAAGAGCAAGAAUAUUGUUCUUAUCACCGGUGCCGGUAUUUCUACAUCGUUGGGCAUCCCUGAUUUCCGUUCAAAGGGGACUGGUCUCUACUCCAAGCUAGAGCAUCUUGGCCUUAGUGAUCCGCAGGAGGUCUUCGAUAUUGGUGUCUUCAAACAGGAUCCUACUAUUUUCUACUCUGUGGCCAAGGACAUUUUGCCGAGCACAGACCGAUACACGCCAACUCACAAAUUCAUCGCUAUGCUCCACGAGAAGGGCAAGCUGUUGACAAACUACUCUCAGAACAUUGACAACCUCGAGGUCAAGGCCGGUGUUCCCAAGGACAAGCUCAUUCAGUGCCACGGUUCUUUCGGAACUGCUACCUGUGUCCAGUGCGGUUACAAGUGCGAAGGAGAGAAGAUUUUCCCAGAGAUCAAGGCCGAUAAGAUUCCUCGAUGCCCACGCUGCGUUCAGACUCUGCGCCCUGCUGGCCCGCCCAAGCGCAAGCGAUCAGCGGGUAGUGAAAAGAAGCGACGACGAUGGGAUGCCGAUAGUUCCGACGAAUCUGAGUACGACAUUCCUGAAGCUGGUGUUAUGAAGCCCGACAUCACCUUCUUUGGCGAGGCUCUUCCUGACGAGUUCUCUCGUCGAUUGACUGAGCAUGACCGCGACAAGGUCGAUCUCGUCAUUGUCAUCGGCACGUCUCUCAAGGUCACUCCCGUGUCUGAGAUCGUGUCUUGGCUAGACGGCGACAUCCCUCAGAUCUACGUGUCUCGCCAGGCCGUCAACCACAUCAAUUUCGACAUUGACCUCUUGGGCGACUGUGACGUCGUCGUUGCUGAAUUGUGUCGCCGUCUCGGAUGGCCCAUGGUACACGAAAUGGUUCCCAAGGACCAAAAGGUUGAAGUACGUACCGAGCCUGGCUACAAGAGUCGACACGUCUUUGAGGAGAAGAAGACCAAGACGAAGAACAAGAAAUGA